GGCUCCUCCGUUGGAUUCCACGUGGAUUUGCUUAGUUCUACCCACGUGGAUGCAGAAGCGCUCAGGUAAAAGAUGCCUGAAGAUGUCGAGAGGGGUGAAGGUCCGGAGAGAGAUGAGGGUGGUGAGGUUCUCGCCGAGGAGGGGGGACCGCGGGGGAAGAAACGGCCUUCAGCCCCCGAAGGCAUCUUGCAGCCGGUGAAGCUGUGCAAGGCAGAGCUAUACAAGCCGCCCACCAACGAAGAACUGAGCCGCCUGAAAGAGACGGAGAACCUGUUCCAUUCCAACCUUCUACGCUUGCAGAUAGAGGAGCUAUUAAAAGAGGUGACGCUCAAGGAGAAGAGGAAACAGAAAAUCGACUCCUUCCUCCACGAAAUCAAUGCCUUGCUGAGCGAGGUCCCAGGAGGUCCAGAAAGAAACAUCACUGACCAGACCUGGCUUCCGAAGGGGGUGAGGGUCCCGUUACUGCAGCUGCCGUUCAGCGUGAAGGGCCACUUCCGCUUCCUGCCCCCUGCAGAGGUGAAGGUGGUGGGGAGUUACCUGCUGGGCACCUGCAUCAAGCCCGAGAUCAACGUGGACGUGGUGCUGGUCAUGCCCAAGGAGAUCUUCCAAGACAAGGAUCACCUUAACCAGCGUUACCACCGCAAGCGGGCGCUCUACUUGGCACACGUCGCCCACCAUCUGGCCCAGAAGAAGCUCUUUGCCAGCGUGAAGUUUGCCUACAUGAACGGAAACCAUCUUAAGCCCGUUGUGCUCUUGCAGCCGCAAGGCAAAGAUGCCAAGGUGGUGACCGUCCGCCUCCUCGCCUGCCCUGCCCAAGGCGUCUUCAAGCCCAGCCGCCUGCAUCCCAGCAAGAACAAUGUCCGCACUGCCUGGUUCCUGGAGAAAGACGCACCUGUGGCAGGAGCAGCUGAGCCCCCAACGCCCCACUACAACAACUCCAUUUUGUGGGACCUGGUGAUGGAGUCCAACCUGCUCUUCCUUUCUGGGGCAGCCAACGCCUUCCAAGGCAUGCGGGAUGGCGUGUGUCUCCUCAAAGUUUGGCUGCGCCAGCGGCAGCUCGAUCAGGGUCUGGGAUGCUUCAAUGGAUUCCUGGCCUCCAUGAUAGUGGGAUACCUCUUGACCACACACAAGAUCAACAAAGUCAUGAGCGGUUACCAGGUGCUGAGGAACGCCCUUCAGUUCUUGGCGACUACGGACCUCAGUACCUCUGGGAUCAGCCUUGCGAAGGAUGGAGACGUCACACUGCCUCCGCUGACCGACUACCACGAGGCGUUCCAAGUGGUCUUCGUGGACCCUUCCGGACUGGUGAACCUGUGUGCGGAUAUGACUGCCAGCACGUAUAAACAGGUCCAGUUUGAAGCCAAGAAUUCCAUGGAGGUUCUGGAUGACAAAACAGUGGACGGAUUCCAGUUGCUUUUCAUGACCUCCAAGCCUCUGAUCCAAGCCUUUGACCACGUGUUCCACCUCAGUCACGUGUCCAAGCUACAGGCCGCCUGUAAGAAGAUGCAGCUUCUCAGCGAACUGAUGGACCGGGGUGGGAACUACGUGGCGGCAACUCUGCCUUUUCUCCUCGGCAUGCUGGAACGUGGUCUGGCUCGGAGGAUCAUGCUGCUGACGCACAGUCUUCCCCAGACCCCGCCGUGGUCCAUCAACACUGAUCCCCCAAAGCACAAAGAUGCCCGGUCCUUGUCGUUUGGGCUUUUGCUGAGCCCCGAUUUUGCUAACAGCAUCUUGGAGAGGGGACCUGAAGCAGAUCAACCCGAGGCACUGGAGUUUCGGCAGUUCUGGGGGAAGCGGUCAGAGUUGAGGCGUUUCCAAGAUGGCGGCAUCUGUGAGGCGGUUUUGUGGGACGCGCCAAACAUGAGCCAGAAGCGCCUCAUUCCAGAGCAGAUCAUCCGUCACCUCUUGCAGCUGCACAUGGACAUUCCCGACUCUUACAUCUGCUACACAGGCGCCUUGCUGGAGACGGUGAUCAGACUGGGCCGCGAGGCAGCGGGUACUGGCGAAGAGGAGAUGGUGAGCCUCGUCCGUUCCUACGAUGACCUGAGCCGCAAGCUGUGGAACCUGGAGGGGCUGCCGCUGACCGUCACAGCUGUACAGGGGGCCCACCCAGCUCUUAGAUUCACAGACGUUUUCCCUCCGGUGCCCCUGAAACCUGAUUACGCCUACCAUGCCCGGAUCAAGGAUCGAGAGUCGCUCCUGCCCUUGGUGGAGAAGCCUUGUCCAGCUUAUUUAGCCCCCAUGAAAGUGAUGUGUCACAUGGAGGGGAGCGGCCAGUGGCCCCAGGACAAGGAAGCCAUCAAGCGCGUCAAGGCCGCCUUCCAGGUGCGGCUGGCAGAACUCCUACGGCAACAACACCAGCUGCUGUGCCGGGCUUCCCCCACCCACACAGAUGUGUAUAAGGAUGGCUAUGUCUUCCGUCUCCAAGUGGCCUACCACCGGGAACCUCAGAUCCUGAAGGAGGUGGUCACCCCCGAAGGGAUGCUGAAAUACCAGGACAACCCAGAGUCCCAACAGCUGGAACUGGAGACGCUGCAUUUGCCGUACCUGACCAGCUCUCUCCAUGGCCUCCAGCAGCAAAACCCCGCUUUCAGCGGCACCAGCCGGCUCGCCAAACGCUGGGUCAGCGCUCAGCUCCUGAGCGACAGCCUCUCGGAGGAGUGCGUGGAUUUACUGGCGGCCUUCCUCUUCCUGUGCCCAGCGCCGUUCACCGCACCCAGCUCUCCUCAGGUGGGUUUCCUUCGCUUCCUUCACCUGCUCACUUCCUUUGACUGGAAGAACAGCCCCUUGGUGGUGAACCUAAAUGGCGAACUCAAAGAUGCAGAUUACGUGGAGAUCAGGAACCGUUUUGUCGCUGCCCGGCCUCGGCUGCCUGUCAUGUUCAUCGCUACUCCCAGAGACCAGCAGAACUCCAUGUGGACGAAGGACGGGCCUUCAGCACAGAUCCUACAGCGUCUCCUUGUGUUGGCUCUGGAGUCUCUUCGGGCUUUGGAGGAACAGCUCAUGGAACCUCUGGGAAGCCAGGACGUGAAGAUGGUCUUCCGUCCACCUCUGGACCACUACGACGUCCUUCUCCACCUGAACCCCAAGCAGAUCCCAAGGCACUUGGAGGCUGUGGACCGGCCAGUCAAAUCGUUCAGCCGGGGGAUGUUGAAAAGGGAAGCAGCAGUGAAAACCUUCGCUUUCCCCGUGGUGGAUUACGACCCGGUACAACUCUACCUCCAGGAGCUGCGGGAGGCCUUCAGCGACCUUGCCCUGUUCUUCUAUGACAAGCAUGGCGGAGACGUCAUCGGAGUCCUCUGGAAGCCACCUGCGUUCGAGCCGCAACCUUUCAAGGUGUCGAACAUGAAAGGGAGGAUGGUAUCAGACCACACCACUGAACCCCUGACUAUCCCCAAUGUGGAGGCCAUUUUGGAAGACUUUGAGAUCUUGGGAGAAGGGCUGGUCAAAUCGGUGGAGGCUCGUACAGAGAAAUGGUCCAUUUAGAACCUUCCGGGACUCUGCUAUAUGUCUAAAGCGUUGCUGUGUUUACUUGAGGUGUUUUUCUCACCCGUAACUUUUCUAUUUAGAAUUCUCUUACAGCAAAGGCAUUUUUAUUAUGCAGAAAUCUUGCUCCAUCCUGUUCCUUCCUCUAGACUCUUCCAAUUUAGAUAACCCUGACGUCUCUCAUAAAAGGACACUGUUAUGGUAGAAACGCUAUUAAAUUCUUUUGCCUCAGAGUUGCUCUUUAUUCAUCAAGUAGAAUUC